CCACCUUUCACUCGGUACCGCGUUCCUGACAGAACACAGGAGCUGGGGGACAGAACCACGUGUUGGUCCACACUGGUCUGAUUCCACUGACUGCUUUUAAAUCGUCGUCUGCUCCACGGCAGCGGGACUGGAGGUUUUGUUUGUUUCCACGGUGAAGCCAUGGACAUCGGUGGUCUGGAAACAGUGGUGGCCAACUCCGCCUACGUGUCUGCGCGGGGCAGCGUCGAUGGAAGCGCAGCAGCCACCAUGCGUGACAAGAAGAUGAGAGCGCGACUCAAACUGCCCCACAUCAGAGACUGUGAACACGUGAAGACCACAGUGGACGCCGUCUUCGACAGCAUGUGUGUCAAACAGCCAAUCGGCAAACGCCUCUUCCAGCAGUAUCUGGAGAGCGAAGCGGCCCACAUGAACGCCGGGCAGCUGUGGAAAGACAUCGAGGACUACGUCACCUCCCAGGAGAAGGACCGAGCGCAGAAGGCCCAAAAGAUGGUGAAUAAGUACUACGAGUCGGCCUCCAAGAACUUCUGCAGCUUCCUGGAGGAGAAGGCCGUCGCCCGGGUCAAAGAAGACUUCAAGAACGUUCCGGGUGAUCUGUUUAAGGAGAGCGAGCAGCAGCUGCUCAAACACCUGGAGAAGAAGGCCAAAGACGGCUUCAAGAGCAGCAUGUACUUCCUGCGCUACGUCCAGUUCAAGUGGUUGGAGGGCCAGCCUGUGGACGAGGAGUGGUUCAUGGACUUCAGGGUCCUGGGGAAGGGGGGUUUUGGGGAGGUGUUCGCAUGCCAGGCAAAAGCAACGGGCAAAAUGUACGCCAACAAGAAACUGGAGAAGAAGAGGCUGAAGAAACGCAGAGGCUACGACGGUGCGAUCGUGGAGAAGAGGAUUCUGGCUAAAGUUCACAGUCGCUUCAUCGUGACGCUGUCCUACGCGUUCCAGACCAAGACUGACCUGUGUCUGGUGAUGACCAUCAUGAACGGAGGAGACCUCAGGUUCCACAUGUACAACGUGGACGAAACAAACCCUGGCUUUGACGAGACCAGAGCUCGGUUCUACACGGCCCAGAUCAUCUGUGGACUGGAGCACCUGCACCAGCACAGAAUCAUCUACAGGGACCUAAAGCCAGAGAACGUUCUGCUGGACGAUGCAGGGCACGUGCGUCUCUCAGAUUUGGGCCUGGCUGUGGAACUCCCACCAGGAAAAGACAAGACCACUGGGUACGCUGGAACUCCAGGUUUCAUGGCUCCAGAGCUGCUCCAGAAGAAGGAGUACGACUACUCCGUGGACUACUUCACUCUGGGCGUCACCUUGUACGAGAUGGUCGCUGCCAAAGGACCGUUCAGAGUCAGAGGAGAGAAGGUACGGCUGGGAAGAGUCACUCCUCCUCCUCCUCCUCGUUCUCCUCCUCUGUCAUCACUCGGUGUAAUCAAAUGUUCCAUCUCCUCUCAGGUGGAGAAUGAGGAGGUGACUCGGAGGAUCCUCAACGAUCCGGUCUCCUACGUUCCUAAGUUCAGCAGUGAUUGUAAGGACAUCUGUGAGGGUCUCCUGACCAAGGAGCCCACCAAACGUCUGGGCUUCAGGAACAACGACUGCACUGAGCUGAAGAGUCAGCCCUUCUUCAAAGAGAUUAACUGGGGUCGUCUGGAGGCAGGAAUGCUCCCUCCACCAUUUGUCCCUGAUCCUAAGAUGGUCUACGCCAAAGACAUCGGCGACGUGGGCGCCUUCAGCACCAUCAAAGGCGUGGUCAUCGACAACAAGGACAUGGAGUUCUACGACGACUUCUCUUCUGGCAACGUUCCCAUCCCGUGGCAGGAAGAGAUGAUCGAGACGGGUGUGUUCGGGGAGCUCAAUAUCUGGGGGGAGGGGGGCAAACUGCCCAACGAUCUGGACCCAAACUAUGUCGAAGCCAAAGGUGGGGGGUGUGUCCUCCUCUGAGGCCGAGCAGCGUUGGAGUCCAGAGAGAAGGAAUCUCCGAGUCUCAGAUCUGUGAUCAUUUGGUGCCACAUUCAACAAUACUCUGUGUGUGUUCUGACCAUGACAUCACUGUUUUCACUUAGUCACCACAGAAACGUAGCAACCAGUGUAAACGUAAACAUAACUGUAUUUGUUUGUAAAUAUGUGAAUGUAUUUAGUUUGUAGAACCUUGAAAAAAAAAUCACAGUUUUACUGUCAUAUCAUGAAGUAUUACCGACUAUACACUUACUGUGUUAUUACACAAUGUUUAUAUUUUCCUUCUUACGUUAGCAUGAACUAGAGGAGACGGUUAAA